CGAUGGCACCCGAGUGGACACACUCUGGCCUCGUGUGGCGCCGACAAGACUAUAAGACUGUGGGCUAAAGAAGGCAAUUCUUGGAGAACUAAAUACAUACUAAGCGAUGGACACCAGCGGACAAUCCGGUCGAUCGCGUGGUCGCCGACGGGUCAGUACUUGGCCUCCGCUUCCUUUGACGCGACGACUAGUGUUUGGCACCGAAAGGACGACUCCGAGGAAUGGGAGUGCGUUAUCAGUCUUGAGGGACACGAGAAUGAGGUGAAGAGUGUUUGUUGGUCUAAAUCGGGAAAGUAUUUGUCGACCUGUAGUCGGGAUAAGACGGUAUGGAUUUGGGAAUGCGUUGAAUCGGAGGAAUCCGAAGAGUUUGAAUGCGCGUCAGUUCUCACGGAUCACUCGCAAGACGUGAAACGAGUUGUUUGGCAUCCAAUCGACGACGUGUUGGCCUCUUGUGGUUACGACAACACCAUUAAGCUCUACAAAGACGACGGCGACGACUGGAUCUGUUGCGCGACACUUACUUCCCACGAGUCGACGGUCUGGAGUAUUGCCUUUGACUCGAGUGGCCAGCGGUUGGCCUCCACUAGUAGUGAUAAGACAAUCAAAAUCUGGCAAUCAUUUAAUGGUAUAACGAACUGGAAGUGUGUGUCCACUCUCUCUGGUUUCCACAGUCGAGCCGUUUAUGACAUUUCGUGGUCGCAUACCUCCGAUUACAUACUGACCGCCGGCGGCGACGACACCAUCAUUGUGUUUAAAGAAGACGACACCAAAAGUAGUGGUGAUUUAAGUGACAAUAGUCUUCAGAGGUUUUCAGUGGUUCUUCGGCACGAAAAGGCCCAUCAAAUGGACGUGAAUAGUGUGGACUGGAAUCCAGCAAUUGAUGGCAUAUUUGCCACUUCUGGUGAUGACUGUUCUGUCAAGAUAUGGAAAUUUAAAGCACACGACUUGUGACCCAACAGUUCCCCUCAUUUUAUGUCCACUUUUAUUGUAAUUGUUUUUAUAAAAUACGAUUAAAAUGUUUAAUAAAUUGUUUUUUGAGAUUUAUUUAUUUGAUAAAUGAAGACCUUUUCGAGUCAUUUAUUAUAUUG